AUGUCCGACCUCGGGGACUGGUUCCGUAGCAUCCCGCUCAUCACGCGGUACUGGUUCGCCGGUUCCAUCGCCGUCCCCCUACUGGGGAAGCUGGGUCUCAUCAACCCCGUCUACCUGAUCCUGUGGCCGGAGUACUUCCUGCACAAGUUCCAGAUAUGGAGACCUUUUACCUCAACGUUUUACUUCCCUGUGGGACCCGGCACAGGCUUUCUGUACAUGGUCAACCUGUAUUUCCUGUAUCAGUAUUCAACGCGACUUGAAACAGGUGCAUUUGAUGGAAGACCUGCAGAUUACAUGUUCAUGCUCCUGUUUAAUUGGAUUUGUAUCGUUGUAUCCUUUCAAUGUCUUGUCUUCCAGCUGUUGAUGAUCCCUCUGAUCAUGUCCGUUCUGUACGUGUGGUCACAGCUGAACAGAGAGAUGAUUGUGUCCUUCUGGUUUGGGACAAGAUUUAAGGCCUGCUAUCUCCCUUGGGUCAUUCUUGGAUUUAACUAUGUUAUUGGCGGAUCCAUCAUCAAUGAGCUGAUUGGAAACUUGGUGGGUCAUCUCUACUUCUUCCUGAUGUUUAAAUAUCCCAUGGAUCUGGGUGGAAGAAGUUUUCUUUCCACGCCAGAGAUUCUGUACCGCUGGUUCCCAAACAGAAGAGGAGGAGUCUCCGGAUUCGGUAUCCCACCUGCCAGUGCCAGACGAGCAGCAGAUGAGCAAGCAGGAGGAGGAGGCGGAGGGGGCGGGCGACACAACUGGGGUCAAGGGUUUCGGCUAGGCGACCAGUGA